AUGUUGCACGACGACGUGGCGAUCGUCGACGCAGUCACUGGCGCGCUCCAGCGCACACUGCAACAGGACGUCGAACCAGAGGACGCAAAGGAGUCGUUCGUGGUCUUUGCCGUGCGGCCCGGCGCGACGCGGCAGCUCGUGACCGCCGGUCGCAAUCUGCUGCUCCGCCUGUGGGAUCUCGACACGUUCACGUGCGUGCGGACCAUCAAAGCCCAUGACACGCCCGUGCUGGCCAUGGGGUUCGACCCGUCGGGCACACUGCUGGCCACGGGCGGCAGCGACCGCUCGGUCAAAGUCUUUGACGUGGACAAGGGCUUUUGCACGCACAGCUUUCGCGGCCACGCAGGCAUUGUGACGCUCGUGCAGUUCCAUCCGGACGCCGCGCGGUGUCUGCUCGUGUCGGCGAGCGACGACGCGACCGUGCGUGUCUGGGACUUGUACACGCAAGAGCAGGUGGCGUGCAUCCAGGAGCACAUGAGUCCCGUCACGAGUGUGGCGUUCUCGGAAGAUGGGUACACGAUGCUGUCGGCCGGACGGGACAAGGUCGUGAACUUUUGGGACCUGCGCGACCAGAAACUGAGCAAGACAGUGCUCGUGCACGAAGCAGUCGAAGGACUUGUCGUCGUGCCAUCGACGUUCAAGUGUGUCACGAACGCAGCUGCCGGGAAAAGCCUGGAUGCUGGCACGAUCUACUUUUUGAUUGCUGGCGAGAAAGGGGCACUGCGGUUGUGGCGGAGUCAUGGCACGUCUUGCGAGACACUGUUUACACAGCAGUCACAUACCUCAUCAGCUGUCGCGUAUACGGAUAUGCUGCUGAGCGCAGCUCGGCGUGAAGUGAUGGUCGUGUCGUCCGAGCAGAACUUCCUGGUGUUUAAUGAAAAGCUGACGCGACGCACCCAGAUCAUCGGCUUUAACGACGAUAUUCUCAAUCUCAAGUACAUCCCAAAGGCUGAUGCGAGCGGCAAACCUUCGGACGUGCUAGCAGUGGCCACAAACAGCGAACAAAUUCGCCUCUUGAAACGCAGCACGCUGUCCUGCGAGCUCUUGUCCGGUCACACCGAUAUUGUCAUGGCGUUGGCGGUCUCUCCAGACGGUCGAUGGCUUGUGAGUGCGUCCAAGGAUCGGACCGCUCGGCUUUGGGACUUACGACCGACUGGCGGCAAGCAAAUGGGAAAGACUCUGCCGUGCUGUGUGGCCGUCUGUACAGGCCACACUGAGGCUCUCUGCGCGAUCGCGAUAUCGCAGCGCGCUACCAGUUUCGCCACUGGUGCAGCUUACUAUGUAACUGGUAGUUCGGACAAGACGCUCAAGAUGUGGAGUCUGCAGUCGCUAGCUGGGCUGUACGCUACGCCUGCGAAGCCCGCACCGGCAACAUUGAUGGUGUCUUCGCUUGGUACUGUAAAGGCCCACGAUAAGGACGUAAACGCACUUGCGGUAUCUCCGAAUGACCGCUUUAUUGCAAGUGCAUCGCAGGAUAAGCUGAUCAAGGUGUGGCACUCGCAGCAAGCAGGCGCCGGACGUCUGUUGACGCUGGCUGGUGUUUGCCGCGGCCAUAAGCGCGGCGUUUGGGCUGUCGAGUUCUCUCCGGUCGACCAGUGUCUUGCAUCUGCAAGUGGCGAUAAGACCGUGAAGGUGUGGUCCGCCAAAGAUUUUUCGUGUCUGAAGACGUUUGAGGGCCACACGGCUUCCGUCCUGAACGUACAGUUUGCAUGCGCUGGUAUGCAGCUGUUGUCUGCGGGUGCUGACGGGCUUGUGAAGCUGUGGACGAUCAAGAGCAACGAGUGUGAGGCUACGCUCGACAAUCACGAGGACAAGAUCUGGGCUCUUGCUGUGUCGAAAGACAGCUCCGAGAUGGCCAGCGGUGGCGCGGACUCGACUAUCAAUUUAUGGCGCGAUUUUACGGAAGAGGACGAACGCGCACAGCAGGAUGAUCGUGACGCGAAGUUACUGAAGGAGCAGGAACUUCUGAACUGCCUUCGUGGUAACAAGCCGCUUGAUGCGGUGCAGCUUGCGUUUGAGCUCAACCACCCGAAUCGCAUGCUGCAGAUUCUACGCGAUCUGCUUGAAGGUCCGCGACACAAAGACCAGGCAGUGCUUCCCAGCGGCAAGCCUAUGGAUCCGGACAACUUUUCUCCCGAGGACAUCUUUGCGCCGGUGGUGCACAGCCUAGAAGAUGAACAGCUAGCAACGCUUAUGGAGUGGUUGCGUGAUUGGAACACAAAUGCCCGCAACACGAGUGUCUGCCAAGUGCUGAUAAGCACGAUUUUGCGUGAAUUGCCUCCCAGUCGUCUGAAAUCUGUGGAUGGUGUCGUCAAGACUGUGGAAGCUCUGAUUGCGUACAGCGAGCGUCACUUCCAGCGCAUGGACCGUAUGCUGCAGAAGUCCUAUCUAGUGGACUUCAGUAUCGUGACCAUGAAGACCUUGCUGCCUGUCGACGAGACUGAGUCGGCUGUUGGAAAGACGGACAGUGAUAGCGAAGCGGUGGAAGAAGAAGAAGGGGUGGAUAUGAUGCAGCAUCGUCGAAAGCGCCGCAAGGCUGUUGUAGGAAAGACAAAGAAGGAACGCGUGGACGCAAAUUGA